AUGAUGUCCUCCAGAGACAAUGAGACACUUGCUACAAUUUAUAACAACAUAGCAUCUGUCUACGGUGAACAAGCCAAAUAUGACCAAGCUCUUCACUAUUUUAAAUUAUCGCUGCAAGUAAAACUGAACUGUAAACCAUCCGAUCAUCCAUCUAUUGCAACAACUUAUCAUAAUUUAGCUUGUAUAUACGCAGCAAAACUCUAUUAUGAUGAAUCAAUAAAAGCCGCUGAAUCUGCUGUAGCUAUCUUGAACCAAUGUCCGCCCAACACAUUUCCAGGAUUAGCUGCCGUCUAUACAAAUCUAGGUUACUCCUACUAUCGAGUAAAUCAAUUAGAUCGAGCAGAAGAUUAUCUUCAACAAAGUAUAACUCUUUUAAGAUCUAUGUAUAAAAUUCAAGAUGAUAAUCAUUACAAAUUUGCUUUUACUUAUAAUAUUCUGGCUCUUGUCAAAUGUGCACAAGGUUCAUUCGAAGAAGCCGAAUAUCUUUGUCAGAAGUCAUCUAAUUUACUUCUAAAAGAAUUACCAUCUGACAGUGUCGAUGUUGGGUUAUCAUAUGAAACUUUUGGAAUAAUAUACAAUGCACAAAAGAAAUAUGAACAAGCCCUUCUAUUUUUUUACAAGAGUGAAACAAUUAUUCGUUGUGUUAGUGAUGAAUAUCCACUUUUGGUCCGAAUCUUCAGAGAAAUAGGAACCGUCUUUUACAAUCAAACAAUAUAUGAUAGAGCUCUUGAAUUCUAUACAAAAGCUAUCGGCUUGGCGCUCAAAGUGUAUGAGACUAACACAAAACUGAUUGAUUCAUUAACAUAUGAUUUGGAUAGAGUGAUCGAUCAUGUUCUCACUAUAGAGUGA